AUGAACCCAGCCGCCACCGGGCACCGACUGUGGGCAUUGGCUAUUCGUUCAGUAUUCACCUCCUCUUCAUUAGCACGGAGGCACUAUCAGCUGCUGAUAGCCGGUGGAGGUUCGGGCGGAGUCGGCAUCGCCGCGAAAUUUGGUCCAAAAUUAGGCAAAGGCAAGGUGGCAGUGGUUGAACCUCACAACAAACAUUUCUAUCAGCCGUAUUGGACUCUGGUGGGCGGUGGUUUAAAGAAGUUCAAAGACUCAUGGAAACCUACAUCUUCGGUCAUAAAUAAAAACUGCGAAUGGAUCCCGGAACGUAUAAAAAAAUUUUACCCCGAUCAGAAUUUGGUUGUGACGAGUUCCGGUAAUGAGAUCAAAGGUUUACCCGAAGCAUUCAAAACUCCGGGUUUGUGUUCAAACUACCAUCCGGUUUAUGUGAAAAAGACGUUCAAGUGCAUUCAGCAACUGAAAUCAGGGAACGUAAUUUUCACGUUUCCAAACACGGCCAUCAAAUGUCCCGGUGCACCACAGAAAAUCAUGUACAUGGCUGAGCACUAUUUUCGAAAGUACGACAUGCUGCACGUCGCCCCGCCUUGUUCUCCACCAAAGUCAAUGGAAGACUGCAAAGAACUCGUCGAUUCGACCGGAUAUUUGGACGUUGACAAGUUUACACUGCAACACGUGAGGUACCCGAACGUCUUCGGCAUUGGAGACUGCCUGAACACGCCAAAUUCGAAGACAAUGGCCAGCAUAAGCAAACAGCUGAAAGUUGUUCGCAAAAACUUAAUCAGCGUUAUGAACAAUGAAACGCCAACGGCAAAGUAUGAUGGCUACUCUUCGUGCCCAAUCAUAACCGAUUACGGCAAGGGAAUCUUGGCUGAAUUCAUCUACGAUUGUAUACCUAAAGAGACGAUGCCAAUUGACCAGCGACGGGAGAUGUGGCUAUCUUACUUUUUGAAGAGAGAAGGAAUGGCACGAAUAUACUGGUACCUGUACGUACGGUAA